CCGCAGAUGUCGCAGUUUGGAUCAAAGAGGAGGCGUUUCUUCGAAAGGAAUCGCAUACAGAGGCUCAGACAACAAAGUCAAGUUGCCAUAGCUACUUGGAUGAGAAUAAUAAUAGCAAAGGGAACAGACUUUGAGAUAUUAGACUCCAAGGUCUAUUUUCGUGAAGAGGACGUCAACUGGAGUUUGCUGCGCCAGUGUGAGAAAGUACGCCAGUUUAAUCCAAUUGGUAUGGCAACGUAUUACGAUAUAUGCGUCCAACAAGGCAACUAUAGUCAUUUUAAGAAAGCUGCUGCUUGGAAAUUUGGGGAACUAAAAGGGGAAUGGAAACUUCUUGGUCGCCGAGUUGCCUUUUGGAAAGGUGUUCAAAUAACUGUUACACGAGUGAACGAGUAACGGAAAGAUAUAAGCAAACAAGUUGCCAAUAGCUUUAAAAAAGUAUAUAACUUAAACUACGAUAAGCAGUACGGGGAUUUUGUUUAUGGUGCUGUUAACUCGCGUGUAUGUUUGAAACUACCGAAAUUGGUCUUCUUUCUUAUGUAUAGAAUAUCAUAUUGAGGAUAAUCUCUUGUUUGAGUUUAUGUGAAUCCGUUGAAAGCUGCAGACAAAGAGCGAGUAACUUGGUUUGAUAGUUUAUCGAUUCUUUCCAGUUGGUGAGUAGAGAAACUGUAGACCAUACAAUUGGUUGUUGUAUUAUUACAAUUGGCAACCAACAUAUUCUAAAUAAAGUAAAUUGCUGCCUUUGCUUGCACGGAUAUUGAAAACAUGU